GCGGGCGACUUCAAGGUGGUGGAUGAGGAGAAGGAUGGGAGGGACAUGGGAGGAUCUCCGGAAGAUGGACGACCCGGUGGACGGGUACUAUAAGGAGAAGUUGAGGAUGUCCCCUAGGGUGUCGGCGUUGUCCCCUCAUCUGCAGCGGAGGGUGACAUUCUACAGGGUGCCUUUGAUGCCGGAUCACAUCAUCGCGUACAAGCUUUAUCAUUUGGCGAGCGGGAAGAUGUACCAGAGCAGCACAUCGUCAUUCAGCAUAGGACGCGCAUCAGGCUUGAUUGAGGUGGAGGACAUGACUCUGACGCUUCUGAGGGUGUACCAGGGGAACAUCGUUUGGCAUUUCGGGUUGUGGCGGGUGGUCAUUUUGUGCGCCUUCGAGGCCAAGGGUUUCCCCAACUGCUAUGGCUACAUAGACUGCACGCAAAUAUAUGUUGUUAAGCCGGUGAACGCACCAUCCGAGAACUACUUUGAUUGGAAGCGUUGUUUUUCGGUUGUUGCACAGGUGGUGGUGGACUUGGACUUGCGUGUGACAGACAUUUUCGCCGGUUAUCCCUGGAGCUGCCAUGACAUUCAGGUGCUUCAACUUUCCAGUUUGUGGGCGCGUGCGGAGGAGGGGGAUCUUUUCCAUGGACCUGUCGUGGUGCUGCCAUUUCGGGUGAAGACACAUAAGUACAUCCUCGGGGAUAACGACUAUCCUCCUAUGGAGUGGGUCGUCGUGCGUUACGGAGGGACCGAUCAAUGCGCCGACGAGGAGAGCUUCCACAACAAGUAUAAGGUCGCCGGAGGAGUAGUGGAGAGAGCUUUCAAAAGACUGAAGGGGAUGUGGAGGCUUUUCCUCCGCACACACAAAACGAAUGUGGACACUCUCCCGCAACAGUUUCAAUCAGUGUGCAUUCUACACAACAUCCUCCUCGAUGCUGGCAUAGACUUCGAUGAAAACUUGCUGUGGGAUGUGGACGCGAAUGGCAUGCGCCGGCGAAUGGAUUUCGGCUUGGAUCACCCACCCCACCCCAUUGCAGAGAACUUAAAUCGUCCCUGUGCGAUGGCCCUGCGCGAAGCGCUGACAGAGUGCAUGAAGCGCGAGUGAACGUGUGAAGUCUCCCCACAGAGGUAGCUUGGGCGAACGUGGUGAUGUCCAGGAUUCG